GUCAAUGAUCCGUCUGACGCAGGCCGGUGGUAUUUAUAAACAUGUGAGAUUUAAUACUCGUGUUCAGAUUUAAAUGAAAACGAACGAGUGCGGAGUGUAUGUGUUCAGAGAUUGUAAGUGAUGUUACCAGUAGAAAUCAAGACGACGGAGCGAAAUGUGCCCCAGGGAGGCGAUAAGGGAGAGGUUUGCGUACCAAAAUACUUCGAGGGCAUUGUUCCAUUCAACAAAACGCACAAAAACAAACUCCGACCUGUUGAUACUCGAACAAAAACAAAUGGUUUUAGACUCUGGAAACAUUCAGUGGAUCUGAGUGGAUACAGACCAGAGGAUAUUCAGGUAAAUUGUUCCGGUGCUUACUCAGUUACAGUGUCUGCAAAGAAACCCAGGGGCGUGGAAAACGAAGGGCUCCACGUGAAGAGAACGGUGUUCGUCCCGAGCCAGGUGGACAUGUGCAACAUAAGCAGCUUUGUAUCCGAUGAUGGAAAAUUGGUCAUUCAGGCCCCGUAUCUGCCCGCCCCGUGCAAGGAAUCAUGCAAGAAGUGUUGUUUAAAGAGGAAAUUGAACGAAACUUCAAAACAAUCUCAGGGAUUUAUUAACGCCAAAAAGCUCAGGACAGAUUCGAUCGAUAAUGCUAACAGGACAGAAAAUCAAUCUGAUUCAGAAUCAUCUGAUGCGGAGGCCGAUCGACGUCAUAUGAGGGGAUCGGUGUCUCAUCCCAUGGUAUCGGUGAAUUCCCCCCGCGAGACCAGGGAGGGGCGCUCCGACGGGGGAGCACAAGCGAUUGACCUCACCAAUCCCAAUUAUACACCCAAGUCAAACACGACUAAGAGUUACACUGAAGACUCACCCAGCGACAAUCCUAAAUCCCUUCCCGGCUCACAGUCCCUCAGAUUUCAUCCCAACCCCGAACCUCAUCAUGCCCAAGUUACCUCUAACUCGCCAUCCGCCAAACAGUUCCCAGAAACGCUUAAAAGCGCCGCCAAAUCCGUGACCUCUAAUGUCAUGGGGAUUAGUGAUGGUUCUGAUGUUUCCUACAAAGACAUUUGCCGACUUCCGUCCACCCAGCGCCAGACCGUGGCCCUCAGUAUUCCGAUAGAGAAUUUCUUCCCGGACAGAGACAGUAUCGUUAUCUCUCUUCAAGACAACACACUCACUAUAAAAGCUACCAGAGUGUCUAAGGUGAAGCACUGCGAACUCUCGGAACUCUUCGUUAAGGAGCUUGUGUUUCCGUCCCACUUCGAUUGCAGCUCAAUCAAACUUGCCAAAGACCCCCAAGGAUCCCUCAUAGUGACCGUCAACAAAAUCGUAUGAGUUUGUCUGUUUGUCUGUCUGUUAUUUAUUGUAUUUAUGUUUCAUUAAAAUGGCAUUAUUGAACGUGUA